CAUCUUUGGGUGGCUUACAAGGCUUACAUGGAAUUGGAUCCAAACUGGUACUGCUUGUAUUUCAGAUAUGGAUGAAUGCUUGGUCAAUAAUGGAGGCUGUCAACAUGCUUGUAUCAACACAGUGGGUAGCUAUGAAUGUCGUUGCAAUGAAGGAUUUUUUCUCAGCGAUAAUCAGCACACCUGCAUUCACCGUUCAGAAGAAGGGGUGAGCUGCAUGAAUAAGGAUCAUGGUUGUGCCCAUAUCUGCAAAGAAGCGCCAAAAGGAGGAGUGGACUGCGAAUGCAGACCUGGAUUUGAACUGGCCAGGAACCAAAGAGACUGCAUUUUGACUUGCAAUCAUGGAAAUGGAGGCUGCCAGCACAGUUGUGAAGAUGCAGAAGAUGGGCCUGUCUGUGGAUGUCAUCCAGAGUACACAGUGCAUGCCAAUGGAAAAACAUGUAUUGAAAGAAUAGAAGCGACCACAGAAAUCUCUGAAAACAAUGUUACGGCAGGAGCUGAUGCAGAUAAACGAGUGAAGCGGCGACUGCUUAUGGAAACUUGUGCAGUAAAUAAUGGUGGCUGUGAUCGGACUUGUAAGGACACUUCAACAGGCGUCCACUGCAGUUGUCCUAUUGGCUUUACUCUUCAGCUUGAUGGGAAGACAUGCAAAG